ACGGAGGGGGACAGAUUUGCUAGCUGAGCCUGCUGCUGGGAACCUUGUUCCUGCUACUAUUAGGGCGGACGGCUUCUUCUGGGAAACUUCAACAGAGGGAGGCAGAUUUUGCCAGUUGCUGCUGGAAAACCUCUAUGGAGCGGGUGGCUGCGAAGGAGGGAGCUUCGACCUCUGCACCUGCUGCUGAUGAUGGGAAACUUCGACGGAGCAGCGAUUGCAAGGGAAGGAGUUUGGCCGCUACGCCUACUGCUGCUGGGAAGCUUCGAAGGCGGCGAAAGGAUCAACAGGGUGGGCGGCUGCUGUGUGCUAAGGGGGGAACUCGGUUGGGGGAUGGAAAGCAGAGGGAAAAAGAAGAAAAAAUGAAUGUGGCUUCUGGGGUUUGAACCACGUAUCUCAUUAAAUGUACGGACACGCUUUCCGCCGAGAAACAGACAGUUUCCCGUGUCCCCGAUUCCACAAAACGUCAUUUUAACAUCAUUAAACAAAAACAGAAUGACAAGUGAACAUGUUUCUUUACCUGUGUUUCCUAAUUUUUGUUGUGAUAACCAAAAAUAGAAUAUGAAAUGGCAAGUGAACGGGACAUUGGAGCGAAACAAACGGAAAUGGUAUCAUCAUUUCUCGAAACUUUAUUUAGUCACAGAGAAACGAUCAAAUGAUCAAACUAGCUAGUCAAGUAGUCAUAUUCCGGGAAACGAAGAACAGAAAUUUUAGCAUGCGAACUUCCUGCACGUAAAACUGUAUGUUUCUUUGUGACAAAACUGUUCCCCUUUCAGAGGACCAUACAACAAUGAAAUAAUGCUUGGCCAACUGAAGACUUAAAUCCCGGCCCAGCGCCUCUUUCUGGCUGGUCGUUCGAGCUUAGUCUGGCCUGUACUAACCGACGGAACAACCUGAGGUUGAGAACAAGAAGGCGGAUUAAGAUCGGUAGUACUUACCUUCUCCGGAAAUAAGACAGGCACCUUGAAACGCUCCCUUCGUUUCUCCAUCUUGGCCAACCUCUCGAGUAUCCAUUGUUCAUCGUACACUGCCUUGGUAGUCACGGUAUUACAAGAACCAGCCUUCUCGCUUUGAGGUGCUUUAACGUUCUUCGCAUUGGGUUCUCCGGUUAUAAUCUCGCCCUCUUCGAUAUCUGACUCGUUCUUCUGCACCUUUCCUUGGAACGUAGCCCCAAGCCGUUUCAUAACAUCAUUGUUGCCUUGAGUUUGUGGCUUCUCUUGCCUUAUGUUUGCUUUUCCAGAAAGAGAUGCAUUCAAACGUUUCUGGUUUUUCUUCUUUGGGUUACUUUUGGGAAUUUGCCUCCCUGUGGUAGGCUGUUUGCCAGAUAGCUGCAUAGAAUAUUGCCAGUGGGAAACAUUAUGACCGAGGUUUUAAGUUUCUGCAGAUAGAUUUCAAACUACUACAAUGAACUUAGGGAUGUCAAGAUAUAAAGAGCUAUAAGGUUCUCCCUUGUCAUGAACAAUAAGCUAGGUAAAGACAA